CGCUAGACUUUCAAACACAAACGAACUGAACUGAACUGAACUGAACUACAUCGCCACAAACCAGAACAGAAUGGCGCCGACCACCACCAACACCGCAACGAUACGGAACCAGUCCGGGCGCAGAAACCAAACACGCCGUCCUUCUGCUGCCGGCACCGUGGGGCUUUCCCUGUGCCUCACCGCCGCCCUGCUCCUCUUGGACGUCGCGGGGGUAGCGGAAGCCUUCCAGGCGAACCGGUCCGCGGGACGGGCUCUGGGGACCCCCCGCACCGGGGCCGGCGGUUCCGAGCCGCAUCCACUGCAGCAACAACAGCAACAACAACGGCAGCUCCUGCGGGGACCCGACCCCCUCUACAUCUUUGGGCGAAAGAACAACGACGGCGGGGACAGCGGGGACGCCUCGAACGACGAAAGCCCGCCGGGAAAGACCGGGAAGCGAUCGAUCCCCUUUUUCGGCCGGCUCAAAAACCGGGGCUCUUCCGGCGAGGCUUCGAGCGGGGCCAGCGGGGACAACCAACGAGGGGAGGACCUUCGGGCUUCCAACCCGGCCACCGCGACGGCCACCGCGACGGCCACCGCGGCCCGAUCCACACCGCCGCCGGAAGCGGCCAGGCCCAGAAAGCCCAAGGAGCCCGUCACCCCGGAGGACCUCCGGCUCAUGGCCGAAAAGGCCCGGCUGGAGGCCGAGAAACUCGACGCCGAGCUCACCCUUUCCAAGAUCGAAAAGCUCGAGGCACAGCUCCUCCGGUCGAAGCAGCAGCAGCGGAACGGGGAAACCCCGCAAAAGGCGGUCGAGGACCUCCAGUACGAGCUGGACGUCCUGCAGGCCAAGGUGCGGGGAGAGCCGGUGCCGGUCAAGAAACCGGAGGCGUCGUCGUCGGCGUCGUCUUCGUCUUCGGCAGCACCGGCCACCACGGCGGCUUCCGCGGAAACGUCCACCGGACGCAGCGACCCCGGAGCAAGCCGGCCGAGCGGGGGGGCCUCGGUCCAGCUGCCCAAGGCAACGAUCGAGACCGUCGUGUCCAGGGACCCCAUCGUGGAGAUCGACAACGCAUCGGUCCUGGAAGCCGCCAAGAACAUCGCGGCGCAGGCGGAGAACACCGUCUCCCGGAACUUUGAGAGCGAAGAGGACCUCGAGGGGGUCCCCGAUUUCCUCCUCAACAUCCUGGCCUCCUUUGUGGACAUGAAGCCGGACCCAAAGAUCGACCGGGCCGAGUUCUGGAGGCGGUGGGAAUCCAUCCUGGACCUCGACUACUCCUUCUACGAGAAAGACCCACCGGAAUUCACCCCGGCCCAGAUCCGCAAGAAAAAGGUCGAGAUCCUCGAGUGGGGGGCCGGCAACAAGACCAUCGAGGCGGUCGGCUGGUACGGGGGCACCACCGGGGAGGCAGACGACCUACCCCUGGUGGUCACCGAAACCAUGGUCCAAAAGGCCGACGGAAACGCCACGCAGAUCGCCGUAUACUCGCUGGAAUACGACUACUAUUUCAGUGCCGGGGGAGACGCCAUGAAGGCAACCAUCGAGGAGAUUGUCCCGGACAUUCUCGGGGACGCCCUCAAGGACGGCUCGUACUUUGGACAGAUGUACCCCAAGUGCGUCAACAACCGGGGGGAAAACAAGGGCGACGACUACGUUUCGGAAGAACCCACCACCGCCAUGAUGGAUUCCCUCACGCAGGCCAUCCUCCCGGCCGUCCGCUUCUCGGCCUCCGCCAAGCCCUACAAGGUACCCGGCGGCUACGCCAUCACGGGGAGCCACAAGUACGAGAACGGAGACCUCCUCCUCGAGGCGAUCGACCUCGAGAUCCAGCGCUCGAGGCCGAGCCUCUCGGGACAGAUCACGGUCCUCUACACGCCCAAGUACGGGCCCCUGGAGACCCCGGCCUCGGUCUCCGGAGAAUCCCUCACCAGCAUGGAAAGCCUCAUGCAGGACAGCUCCCUCGACGUCUUUGCCGACAACGAACCCAUCCUCUUUGUGGCCGGCCCCAACCUGACCAGGGAGGCGAACCCCAUUGGCCUCGUCACGACCUCGAUCCUGGGCCUCGCCACCUCCUGGUACCUCUCCGUCUACCCCUUUGUCCUCAACGACAAGAUCGCCAGCCGGAUCGACUCGGACCUCCAGCUCCUGGACGCCAAUCUCCAGCCGGACCUCUCCUACCUCACGGACCUGUCGGUCCCCCUCUUUUACUGCUUCAUGGGCCUCCAGCUCGUCCACGAGCUCGCCCACCGGCUGACGGCAAUGUCCAGGGGCGUCGAGCUCUCGGUUCCCGUCUUUGUCCCCUCCUUCAUCACCGGGAUCACCAGCACGGUCACCACCUUCAAGAGCCUCCCCCGCAACAAGCAGGACAUGUUCGACGUUGCGGCCUCGGGGCCCCUGGCCGGCAUCGUCGCCUCCUCGAUCGCCCUGGCCAUCGGCGCGCAGCUGACCAUCGUGGCCGACCCGGCCACCCUCCCGGCCCUCCCGCUGGAGAUCCUCCGCCAGUCGACCCUGGGGGGGGCGAUCAUCGACGCGAUCCUCCCGGGCUCCCUGUACGUUCCGGACGGGGCCCCCACYGGCGGGAUCUUUGUCCCGCUCCACCCCUUUGCGCUGGCCGGAUACGUGGGCCUCAUCGUCAACGCCCUGGCGCUGCUGCCGAUCGGGAGUGAGUCUACAAUCUGCGUUUUCUUGCUGCCUUGUGUCGUGUCGUGUCGUGUCGUGUCGUCUUACAUUACCUUGCAUCGCUGCGGUCCCCUGACCACGCGUCUUGCCUUUUUGUCCCACUUUUUGUUCAGCCACGGACGGCGGGCGGCUGACCAUGGCCCUCUUCGACCGGGCCGAGAAAAUGUCGAUCGGAACGCUGACGCUCAUGGCGCUGCUGUGGGCCGGCCUGUUCGGAUCGGACCUCUUUCUCUUUUAUUUCUCCUUUUGCCUCGCCUUCCAGACCGGAAACGAGAUUCCGGCGCGGAACGAGCAGGACCCCGUGGACUUUUCCCGCGUCAUUGUGGCGGUCGUCUGCUACGGGCUGGCCAUCCUCACCCUCGUGCCGGUGCAAUAAUGGCGACGAUGGCGAUGAUGGCUAACAGGAAAGCAAGAGUAGGAGAACGUGGAUGGAAUCCAAUGACAGGUCCGAUACGGUUGUGCGUCACGUGAAGCUACGAAAGCAGAAAACUAGGAUACGAAAUAAUAUUAUUAUGUGUUGAAUUGAUGGAUUGAUCGAUAUCGUACGAUGCACUCAUGCACCAAACACGUGUUGACCGAUAAGUGAAACAUGGCACGAACAACAAACGAUUACUGAAUAAACUAAGCGCUAUUUA